AUGACUCCAAGUCUUUCUCGUGCUAUCACAACGAUUUUCUUUGUUUUGUUACUGGUGGUCCAUAUUUCGGCCUAUUUGUCGUUGAUAGGUCGGCUGGCGUAUUGCAGGCGAGCAAGUGAAAGUUCAAACGUUAAUGAUGCGACCAGUAGAGAACGCGUACGGAGAUUUGGAAUUUGGUGGCCGCGACCGUCUCAUCCUUCCAAGGUUAGUUUGGGCUAAAAAAGAAUUAUUAACCCAUUUUUCAAAUAUUAAGGGAACAAUUUUCAUUCAAGAAUCAGUCUUUGCAUGAACGGAUUUAUAUUUUCUAGAUCCUCUCCCUUUUCCACAGGAAAACAUGGAGAGCCGUAAAAAUCCAAUAGAGCGAAAACGUUCAUCUUUCAGACCGGCAGUCUAUACCAUCUAUGUUAUGAUGCAACUUCCAUUGAGUUUAUUUAUUUACAUGCUUUAUUCUUCUUCUUCUUUUUUUAUUUUUCUUAGCUUGUUUGUUUUACUGCUGACCUUUUACAUUUACAUUUCAAUAAAUAGUACUGAUUUUAGUUGCACUGAUGUUCAAAACGUUGAUUGUAAUACUGAUGUAUAUAAGAUCCCCAGUCUUGAUGCCUCUGUCCUUGAAGUUUCUAAUAGAAGGGGUAGACCAUUUAGUUUUGGAUGCGGGAGAGGGGUGGGUGGGUGCUUUGGCUCACACGGAAGAAACUGCUCACCGCGUUAUUUUCUAUCAAAAAUUAAAUGGUUGGUCUCUUACAGGAAGAUGAGAAAUGAUCCACGCCCCUUGCUUUGGUUAAUCAUUAUCUAGGGUUGCAAACUAACGUAUUAUUGACGUUGUUUGUACUGUGAGCUUACUGUGAAAUAACAGUUCCUGCUCUACAGGAGUUUCUCUGUCUUCAAAACUUUAUAUUGAGUUAGACUAUAGGAAUGAGAAGACUUCAAGACAGGAGUCAUAGUUUUUCCAGCUUCCCAGAGUUCGCCCCGUGUAAGGGAAUCCAAGACAGUCUUGGAUUCUGGAUUCUACGCCGUGGAUUCCGGAUUCUAGGUACCGUAAUCCCGAUUCUUUGUCCGGCUUCCUGUCGCUAGUGGGAUCCGGACUCCAGGAGCUGUAUUCCGGAUGUCAAAGCCCGGGAUUCCGGAAUCCACAAGCAAAAAUUUCUCGGAUUCCCUUACAUGGGGCGACAGAGUCAUUGCCCUUAUAGCCGCAGUUUGGUGACCCGGCUCCAGCUGCGGUGGAACCUUGAUUUAACGAAGUGGCAAGGGACGUCGACUGGCGAAAUUUGUUCGUUAAAUCGAGGGUUCGUUACAUCGAACACCUCCAUUUAACGAAUUUUUGGGAAAACUACCAAAAUGUUCGUUAUAUGCGGGGUAAAGUUAAUAAUUAAUUUACAAAACUCAGCAUUUCUGGAUCUGAAAAAUUACCCUGUAAUAACAUGUCAGUACCGAAACGGAGCUAUACGUAGCUACAGCACUAGAAGCUCAAGAACAGGCAAACAAAACUGCUUAAAACUACUAUCAAAAUAACUUUUAUCCUUGUUGGUCUGUUUGGCAUUCAUCUUUUAUCACAUACUUUCAUUUAUUCGUUAUAUCAAAGCAAAGUUUACGUUUGCACUUGUGGAUUGGGUUUGUUAUAAAGAGGAUUUCGUUAAAUAGAUGUUCUGUUCCAUACAUUUUACUGUAAUUUUGGCCGGGCUGAAGAAAAUCGUUCGUUAUACCGAGGACUUCGUUAUACAGAGGUUUCUUAAAACGGGGUUGCACUGUAGCUUGAGUUGCCUAAAACCAAAAUGUUGGAACACUCAGUCCCAGGGGGGUACUUUAGGAAUUUCUGGGAGGGGAUGUGCCGCUGGCACCCUGGAACCCUUGACCUAUACCAGAGCUAGUUCAGCUGAAUUUUGCUACCCUAUACUAGAGUAAACUCGCCAAAUCCCCCCUAUUCUAGAGUAGCUGUUUUCCAGAAACUACUGAGGUCACUAGCACAGUCUAGUCAAAACAAAACCUUAUACCACAGCCCCUACUCUAGAUAAAAUCUUCAGCCAACUGAUCAGUUUCCUGAAAAAUGAUACCCAAUUCUAGACCCAAACGCUCUGAUUUAUAUACCCUAUCCUAUACCUAGCCCCCCCCCCCCCUCCCCUCCCCGGGAACUCAGUCUGUUUCCAUUUCAAGACUGGAUUCAAAGGCCACCCCAUUUAUGUCCUAGGCCAAACCAAUGAAUUUGGGUAAACAAUGGGGCAAGCCUUGAGUUGACUCAAACUGGUAUAACAGGCAAUAAUUUGAGUAGUAGAAAUAAAUUUUAAAACCCUUCAUUUAUAUAAACUGAUAUCAUCAUGUAUAUUGCGACCUUCAUUUCAAACUACUCAAAUUUAGUCAGACUAAAUUAUGAAUAUAUUCACUCUGAAGUAGAACUUUAUAUUAUAUAACCUUUGUAACGUCGAAAAUGAUGGAAACGAAGAUAAAAAGGGAGGUGGGUGGGGAUCCCUUACCUCUCGUGUGCGCCUGCCCCUCUCCCCUUUUUUUAGCGCCUGGCACGAAGGCUAAGCUUGGGCAUAACUGGCGGGACGUACUAUGCUUUAGAACUAAAUGAUUGAAGCUAUUUUUCACCUUUCAUUGUUUUUUUUUUUUUCGCAGCGUGAAUGCAACACUUAUCGCAGUAUUCUCUGCAAUGCACCAACCAUCCCUCCGUCGACACCUCCACCGCUUCCCCCAUCAUCAAGAAAACGAUCCCAGUUUAGGAAGAAAGUGAUGACUCUUUGA